AGACAAUUAUUGAAAAGUAGACCAAAAAAAUUAACAUACAAAAAAUAAUAUAGUUUAAAUGGAUAAUGUUUGUGUACAAACCUAUUUUCAUUAAUCUAAAUAUUUAUAAUCACUUAAUAAAUACAAGUAUUAAAAAGUUUUAAACUGAUAUUUUUAGGAUUAUUCAGAAUGUAAAUGGUUAUGUGGUUAACUGAAGUUUGAGCAUCUUACCUGUAGACUUUUAUUUUGAAAGUACUAACCGGAAGUUAAAAUGUAAUGAGUUGUAGCUUGCCUUUGAGAUCCGUGUUUUGUUAGCCAGUUUAGCAAGCAGAUGUCGAGUGGUACAACUUUAUCUCAGAUGAUUACUUCUGCAUAAAGCUUCUUACACCACCCCUCUUAGUACAAGGGGAGGAUGCCACACCAUCGUACUGCGCCAGAGAUGCCCCAGAAGACUGAGAGCCUUGGACCUGACAAUGAAUCCGACAGGGACUCUGGUGUUGGGGAAGAUGCAGGCGAGGAUGCUGACAGCUGUCCGGAACACAGUGCCACAGAAGAUGAUGUUAUGAAGCAUGAAGACAUGGAUGGAAAUGGUGGAUCGCAAGAGGAUUUCACAGUUUUUGUUUCAUUUCAAGGGGAUAUGGAUGAUGAGGACUUCAGUCACAAACUUAACACAGUUCUCAGUGGCAUACCCAACAUUCUUGACAUGGGCUCUGAACGGCUGCAUCCACAGCAUGUGGAGCCGUGGAACAGUGUGCGUGUUACCUUCAACAUUCCUCGGGAUGCUGCAGAGCGACUCCGACUGCUGGCCCAAAACAAUCAGCAGCAGCUUCGAGACUUGGGGAUUCUGUCUGUGCAGAUAGAGGGGGAAGGUGCCAUCAAUGUGGCCAUGGGACCAAAUAGAGGUGCAGAAGUUAGAGUGAAUGGACCAAUGGUUGCACCUGGUCAAAUGAGAAUGGAUGGUGGUUUUCAUGGCCAGCCUGGACCAGGGUUAAGGAUGCCAAAUCCAUCAAUGGUUCCUCCUGGACCUGGCAUGGUUGGUCAGAAUAUGCUACCAGGCAGCAGCGGACCGAUGCAUCCUCGCAUCCAAAGACCACCUUCACAAACAGAUGUGAUGGAUCCAAUGAUGCCAGGUAUGUCCAUCCAACAACAACAACAGCAGCAGCAGCAACAUUUUCAGCACCAGCAGGCGGGUCUCCAUGGCUCAGUCUCUAUGCCUCCUCAAGCUGCCCAUCACAUGCAAGCUCUGCAGGGAGGCAGACAGCUCAACCCUGCUGCAUUGCAGCAACUACAGCAGCAGCAAGCCCAGCAGCAAGCUCAACUCUCCCAACUAGGACCUCGACCUCCAUUCAACCCUACAGGGCAGAUGGCUGCACCUCCUAACUGGAAUCAGCUGCCUUCUGGCAUCUUACCACCACCGCCAACAGCCCAAGGUAGUCCUGCGUGGAGAAAACACCCACCUCAACCCCAGAUGGUUCAAAGGCCACCCUCCCUAGCUACUGUACAGACCCCCAGUCACCCUCCACCCCCAUAUCCAUUUGGCAGCCAGCAGGCUGGGCAGGUGUUCAAUGCCAUGGGACAAGGACAGUUACAGCAGCAACAUCAACCAGGAAUGGGCCAGUUUGCUGCGCCUCAGCCUAAAGGCCAACAGCCUGGACCUGGUAGUGUCACGGGACUACCUCGCCCCCCUCCACCCCUUCCACAAACUUCUGGACCACAGGGCAACCUCGCAGCUAAGUCGCCUGGAUCGUCUUCAUCUCCAUUUCAGCAGGGCUCUCCAGGUACACCUCCUAUGAUGGCUCAGAGACCCACAACUCCACAGGGCUUUCCUCAAGGUGUUGGCUCACCAGGAAGAGCAGCCCUCAACCAACAGGGCAACAUGCAGCAAGGAUUCAUUGGAAUGCCCCAGCAUGGACAACCGGGGGCCCAAAUUCACCCAGGCAUGGCAAAGCGUCCCAUGGGUUUCCCGACAUCCAACUUUGUUCAAGGUCAGGUGAGUGUAAGCACUCCAGGAACUCCUGGUGGAGGAGCAACUCAGCAGCUGCAGACCAACCAAGCAAUGUCUCAACCAGGGCCUCAACCAUCACCCUCCACACCCAGCUCAAUGCAGGGACCACCCCAUGUUCAACCCAAUGUUAUGGGUGUGCAAAGCAGCAUGGCAGGUCCAACACCUUGUACAACUGCAGGACCGAGCAUGGGUCAGCAGCAACCUGGCCUCCAGACCCAGAUGAUGGGCCUCCAGCAUCAGGCCCAGCCUGUGUCCUCCUCCCCCAGCCAGAUGGUACAAGGUCAAGGUGGAGGUCAGACUGUCCUUUCAAGGCCUAUCAAUCAAGGCCCGAGAGGUGGAAUGACCCCACCUAAGCAAAUGAUGCCACAACAAGGCCAGGGGGUGAUGCAUGGGCAGGGUCAGAUGGUUGGAGGCCAGGGGCACCAGGCCAUGCUCCUGCAGCAGCAGCAGCAAAACAUGAUGAUGGAGCAAAUGGUUGCCAACCAGAUGCAAGGAAACAAGCAGACAUUCGGAGGCAAGAUUCCAGCUGGGGUUAUGCCUGGCCAGAUGAUGCGUGGUCCAUCCGCAAAUAUCCCUGGUAACAUGGGGCAGUUCCAGGGACAGGUGGCCCCGCAGCAGAUGACUCCACAGCAGCAACAGCAGAUGGCUCAGCUGCAGCAGCAACAGUUACAGCAACAACAUCAGUUGCAACAACAUCAGCUACAACAGCAGCAACACCAUCAGCAGAUCAGUCAACAGCAACAACAGCCACAGCAGACUCCAGUUCCUAACAAUCCUAAUCAAACUAUGGGUCUGCAUGGGCAGCAGAUGAGACUACCUGCCGGCCAUCCUCUAAUCCAACAGCAGCUACAACAACAGCAGCAGCUGCAGCAACAACAACAACAGCAGAAGCAACAACAGCAGGCAAUGUUGCAACAACAGCAACAAGCAGCUCAGCAACACCAACAUACCAUUGGCGACCCAAAUGGUGGCACAGGUGACUUGGGAGUCCAGCAAAUGGUCCCCGAUAUGCAGGCACAGCAGCAGCAAGGCAUGAUGGGAGGCCCUCAGCAUAUGCAGAUGGGAAAUGGACACUUUGCGGGUCAUGGCAUGAACUUCAACUCCCAGUUUUCAGGUCAGAUGCCAAUUGGAGGGUCCUGUGGACAGCCAGGUAGUUUUCCCGUCAAUAAAGAUGUGACUCUGACUAGCCCACUGCUGGUCAACCUGCUGCAAAGUGAUAUAUCUGCCAGCCAGUUUGGACCAGGAGGAAAACAAGGUGCUGGUGGAGGAAAUCCAGCUAAACCUAAAAAGAAGAAACCACCACGAAAGAAAAAGCCUAAAGAGGGUGAUGGACAACAACAAGCAGAGGGGCUUGGAGGUCUUGAUGCUGCUGCUGGUAUGGAAGAUUCUGAAUUGCCUAAUCUGGGUGUGGACCAAGGUUUGGGUUUGGACAACACUGGACAGAAACUUCCUGAUUUUGCUAACAGACCUCCAGGCUUUCCUGGCCAGCCUGGAGAGCAAAGGAUACUGCAGCAAGCACCCAUGCAGUUCAUACAACAACAACAACAGCAGCAGCAGCAGCAGCAGCAACAACAACAACAACAACAACAACAACAACAACAACAGAUGCAGCACAUGCAAAUGCAGCAUCAAAUGCAACAACAGCAGCAACUGCAACAACAGCAGCAAAUGCAACAGCAGCAGCAACAACAACAACAACAACAACAACAACAACAGCAGCAGCAGCAGCAACAACAACAGCAACAACAGCAAAUACAACAAAUGCAACAACAGCAGCCGAUGAUGCAGAUGCAGGGGUUACAGAAUGCUCAAGGAUCACAGAUGAUGACUGGGCCGCAAGCACCAGGUCAAGUUCAACCCCAGAUGCACCCACAUCAGCUGCAGCAACAGCAGCAGCAAUCUCAGCAGCCACACCUUCAACAGCAGCAACAACAGCAGAUGAUGCUAAUAAAAAUGCAACAGGAGCAAUCAAAAAACCGCAUGCCCAUCUCCACUGGAGGACAGCUUCCUCCUCGAGGGAUGCCCAAUCCUGGAGACAUUCAAAGGCAUCCUGGUUCACAGCAAAGCAACAUGCCUGUAAUGAUAAGCCUUCAAGGACAUGGCGGUGUACCCCCCUCCCCUGAUAAACCCAGAGGGAUGCCCUUGAUGGUAAACCCACAGCUUGCAGGGGCCGCACGAAGAAUGUCUCACCCUGAUAUAGGGCCAGGGCCCCAAAGCUCUGGAUCUGAAGAGGCUACUGUAGGCACCCACUCGAAACAAGACAGACAAGGUGGCUCAGAAAUUGGUUUACAGCCUGGAAAUGGGUCCCAACAAAUUCCAACCAGCCAGGUCUCUAACACACAUAUGAUGAAGCAAGGCCCUGCUUCUGCACAAAUGCCUCAGCACACAGGAGCCAGUCCCCAACAGCAACUACCCACUCUGCCUCAACAAGCUGGGCAUAUGCCUGGCCAUCAUUUCCCCAAUGUUCCUACAACUUCACAGAGUUCAAGGCCUAAAACUCCAAACAGAGCCAGCCCUAGACCUUACCACCAUCCCCUCACUCCAUCAAACCGUCCACCUAGCACUGAACCUUCUGAAAUUAAUCUUUCACCCGAGAGACUAAAUGCUUCAAUUGCUGGACUGUUUCCUCCAAAAAUUAACAUUCCUCUGCCUCCAAGGCAGCCAAAUCUUAAUAGGGGAUUUGAUCAGCAAGGGCUGAACCCAACAACUCUCAAAGCCAUUGGACAGGCUCCACCCACCUUGACUCUAACAGGAAACAACGGCAAUGGCAGCUCUGGUGGAAAUAACACUAAUAAUCAGCAGUCUUUGCCCUCUGGUGUAGGGGUUUCAGGUACUAAACAGGAAAAGGUGUCUGGAGGGCAAAGUAAGAGGGCAAGUCCGAGCAAUAGUCGGCGGUCAAGUCCAGCCUCUAGUCGCAAGUCAGCCACACCAAGUCCAGGAAGACAGAAGGGAGCAAAAAUGAGCAUUACUUGCCCUCCCCACCAGCAGCAACUUGUCAACCCUCAAGGGCAAGCAAUGAUUUUAAGCCCUUCUUCUGUACCUCCAAGUCCAGUAUCGAUGCUGUCACAAGUGAGUGGCAGUACUGAGGCACAACAGAUGCAGAGCGCUUUGCAAGGCUCCCAUGGAAAUCCUGUUGAUGGAGUCAGGGAAAAUCAGGGAACAACUACCACAGAGCAGCAACACAUACCCCAGUCUCAGUCUUUAAGAGACUUAUCAGCCUCGAGAAUGACAAAUGUUCAUGCACCUCGGCAGCCCAAAGCUGACAUGGAAGGGCAGGCUGGCACAGUUGAAAGGCCAUUGACGCAGCCGGUACCCACACAUAACCCUGAUUUGUCAUCAACUUUCAGAACAACUCCAACUUCCCUCAACCAGUUACUGGAUAACACUGCUGUGUCAAACAAGCCUAUUCGGCCUUCACAGAGUCCUGCUGGAGGAAAACACAGUCCCAAACCUACUUUGGAGUCUGACGUACCACUUCACAGUAAUUCUCAGAGCACAGAAAGAUCAAUGACCACCACUACUACCACCACCUCUGCAAAUGAACCUGAACCCAAACCUCUUGUUCAAGGUCCCACUUGUAAUCCAAACUUGCAGCAACUUACAUCAGUUCCUAGCUCUCACUCUGCGAAUAAUGUAAAUACCAAUACUACUCUGAGCUUUACCCAAACCCCCAAUUCUAGUUUUGUUAAUCCUAGUUCAAAUAAAAAUGCAACACCUUCCCAUUGCAACUCGGUUAGUACAAACACUAAUGCAACCACAGGUGCAAGCCUUAGUACAGUCACUUCCAGUCAUAACAUGUCUGCCUCAGCUAUAAAUACUAGUUCCAACUCAAGCACUGCUCUAAACCUGCCCAGUUCAGCUCUUAAACCGAGCCCGAGUCCCAAACCUGUGUCUAGCGUUCAUUCUGUCAUACAGAUCCCUGCUUCAUCAACCACUAUUUCCUCCAACCAGAUUACAGUGUUUGUCACCUCCAAUCCUAUCACUUCUACUCCCACAUCUAUGGUGUCCACCAUGAUGGCUGCUGCCAACAAGAACACUCGACCUCAGGAUAUUCGACAGCAGAGUCCUGGCCCUCGACCUCAGUUUAUCACCACAACCCCAGUAUUUAUUAACCCCAUAUUCCAGGUCCCUGGCUCCUCUGUGGCUCCAAAUACGUCAGUAGUAUCUCAGUCAGUCACCAUGGUAGGGUCUAUCCAAAUGCCCACUGGAAGCAUCCAACUUUCUCCCGCCCUAAAUUCCACCCAGCCAUCAGGGGUUAACAUAGCUACCUCUCAGCCCAAUAGAACGGUUGUUGGACAGGUUCAGAUAGCCACUAAUGCGGCAUCAACAACUCCAGUUGGUUCUCUUGCAGCUUCUCACCAAACUAACCCAGGAACAACCAAAGCAGAAAGUCAAAACGAGACCACUUUGUCUCAGAAAUCCAUUCCCGCUGUCUGGAAACCUCCACCCCACUCAAGCGCUACAUCAUCUCCGUUUCAGACACCUUUGUCUUCUCCUCCCUGCUCCAGUUCUGGAACUGUUAGCAGUUACCGUAAGAGCCCCAUAUCGCCAUCCCCUGCUCAAGCAAAAGGUAAAUCUGCACCAGCUGCUGUUUCCAGUACUGGUGAGUCUCUGCAGGGUUUCAUGGGGACUGCCCCAUCACAGGUUUUUCUUCCACCUGCUAGUUUAGCCACCCAGACUGAAGCACGAUCGCCCAAUACUACUGCCAGUACUGCAAACAACCCUUUGUCUGUAGUAUCUUCACCAGUCCCAGUUUCUGCCCAGGCUUCGGUUCCUAAUCAGAUUCUUGGCUCUGCUUCUAUGCCUCCCACGGCAUCGCUCCCAAACUCUACUGUAAAUUCUCAAGCUUCUAUGCCAACUGUGGUUGGUACUAGUUCUGGAGUCACAUCUGCUGCCUUGCUAUCAACGGUUACUCUUGUGCAAAGUACUGUACCAUCUGUGGUUCCAAUUGUUGCUGCACCUGCAUCUGCUGAGGUGACCCAUACAUCACCAGUUGCUGACCCCAGCAGAGUCUUGCCAGUCCAGUCAGAUCCACCAACAGCUGAGCCUUCCACGCCUCAAGCUGCAGUAUCUGCGGAAGCAACUCGGAUCCUCCCAGCCCUUCAGCAAGAAGUUUUACAAGAACCUGUUUCAUCUGAGAAGAUGGGUGACGAAGCAACAGCAGGCUCUGAGCAACCAUGGGCAAAGAAAAGAAAGACGCCCAUCAACUUAGACCCAAGAGCUGCAGUGGAAAAGCCCAAGGGACCAAGUAGGCGCAGCUCUCGAGCUGAGAAAGAGGUGGAUGAGGAGCCAGUAGCAGACAGCAGCAGCAGGAAGAGAUCGGCGAGGCCUCAAACCAGCACUGCUGCAAAAGAAACUGCAGCAAGCCCCACCCAAGCCAAGCGAAGGAAGUCUAAAUAGAUCCAACUGCAGUUGUGAUUAGCUGUGAACUGUAAAGUAACUUUUUUUCUCUCCCUGCUGUAAAGCAGGUGGUUUUGUUGCUCAGAUUAUGAAAUUUUACUGGAGGAAAACCGAAAACAACCAUGUACAUUUUGUUUCAAUAUUAAUUGUUCACGCUAUCUUGUGAGAUUGUAGUUAGAGUGUGUGCAUAUAGUUUGUGUGAAUGUGCUUUUAUAUGAAAUGCUGGAUUGAUUUCAAAGACUGAUUAUGAAACUUGUCAUGACCGUGUAAUUAUGUUGUAAAAUGGAAAUAAAUUUUCUACUGCUUUCGUUCUGUGAAA